AUGGACUUCCUCAAGUCAGCAGUCGCUUCGAUCGCGAAAGGUCCAGCAUUUCCAUACAGUUUUGGCGAUCGAAUAGAUAUCGAUCAAUCAAUCUGGACGCUGCAUAACGGCACCAAACGUGAAGACAGCUCGAAAUGCAGCAUCCUCUCCUUUGACAUCAACGCCAAUCGAGCUCGACUGCCACUUGCCAAGAAUGCGCUGCGGAAGCUACGGACGUUACGACACCCAGGGGUUGUGAAGGUCCUGGACGCUGUUGAG